AUGUGUCUCCACCCCGCGGGUGCUGCGUUGCUGCUGCAGCAGCAGCAGCAAGUUGUGAGGCUUCUUGAUGCAGCAGCAGGAAAGUUCGUGGCCAUCAGGGGGCCCCUUGGGGGCCCCACAACAGCAGCAGCAAGAGACUGGUGCUGCGCUGCAGCAAAAGUCCUCUACAGAGCAACAGCAAACAAGUCGGCGCUCCCUGCCUUUGCUGCUGCAGUUGCGAGCAGCAGGCUUGCGUUCAGGCCGGAUUGGGCCUCUCGCGUGGCCGCUGCUGCUGAUACUGCUGCUGCUGCUGCUGCUGUGCUGCCAGAGCUGAUUGGCUUGCUAGCCAAUUGUUCGCAGCUGCUGCCGCUGCAGCAGCUGCUGCAGGGUCGUUUGCUGCAGUUGCUGCUGCGGCUGCUGUGCACUCGCGAAACCCUAGUAGAGACUCGCCUGGAGCUGUGGCGCGUUGUUGCUGCUGCUGCUGCUGAUGCUGCUGCUGCUGCUGAGCUGCUGCAGCAGCAGCUGCUGCCCCAGCUGCUGCUGCAGGACUUCCAAAAGCAGCAGAUGUACUACCAGCAGCGAAUUCACGCUAAAGACGCACACAGGCAAGGGCAGCAGCAGCAGCAGCAGCAACAGCUGCGCCGGCAGCUGCUGCUGAACGAAAUGCUGCUUCAGCUUUUUAACGUUGUUAACUGUUUCCUUGCUUCGGAAGCUACAAGGUAUUUAAGCAGCUGCAGCAGGACGAAAUGUUGCGGGCAGAUUGGCUGCAGCAGCAGCAACAGCUGCAGCAGCAAAGCCAGCAGCUAG